UUUCGGCUCAUUUCCAACAUGGUGGACAAAAAUGUACAGAUAUUGUACAAUAAUGAAAUAAAAUUAGGAAUUUCGAUUGCUUGAAAAUAUCCUAACAGAAAUUCAUGGCUUUGCGCGGUCUUCUUUCAAAAUAUCUGUUCGGGUGCCCUUUUAAAAAUAUCAAUUUUGCGCUAAAAACAGGAACAGUUGUCAACGUCAAUUCCUUUCAUGAAUUUUCUGCAAACAUUUUCAAAUACAGACAACUUUCAAGUGUGACAGGUGAUUAUGAGAAACUUUGGGACGCCGUUACUGGUGGCCGUGGAACUGGCAGGGGAAAGAAAAAGACCAAACCUAAGGAUAAAGAAUCUACUCCAACUGGAUUUGGAAAAUUUGGCAAGAAAUGGCCAGGUCUUGACACCCCAGUGAGGGUCAAACCAGGAAAGGGUGGAAAAAAGCUGAAAGAAGGAUAUUUGCCCAAGCCUCAAAUGUCAGAGGUCACAAGACCUAAGAAAGGAUUUCCAGUUUCCAAAUCAUUUGUCAGCGAGAGAGAACCACGUAGGGAGAUGCCUGCCUGGAAAAAAGCGUUUAUUGCAGGAGAAAAAAUGUACGGGCAAGAUUUGUCAAGACGAGGUUGGAGUGGAAAGACGUGGCGUGGUCGGGAGUUUGGACCCCCAGAGACAGCCACUGGAGAUUCUUUAGAAGACUUUCAAUCAAUUGUUUUGGAGCUUCGUCGUGUGAGCAACAUGACUUCAGGGGGAAGAAAGCGGUCACAACGUGCUAUUGUUGUUGUUGGUAACAAGAAUGGAGCUGCAGGAUUUGCAGUUGGAAAGGCACAAAGUGGCAUCAGCGCUUUAAAAAAGGCAAAAAACAAAGCAGCAAAAUACUUGUAUUAUGUUGAUCGCUGUGAGGAUCGUACAAUAUAUCACGACUUCCUGAGCACACAUCGUAAGACAAAGAUCAAGUUUGAAAGAAAACCUCCAGGAUAUGGUCUAAGAUGCCACAGAAUCAUCCGUGCAGUUGCUGAUUGCAUUGGGAUCGAGGACAUGAGAUGUAAGAUAACAGGAUCUACGACACCGAUCAGUGUUGUUCGAGCUGUUUUCCAAGGCCUACUGAGUCAGGAAACACACGAACAACUUGCAGAACGCAAAGGCCUUCACGUGGUCGAAUGCCGACCGGAGAAUAGCAUGCGACCGAUGGUUGUCGCUUCUCCGAGCCCGCAAGCCGCUAGGGCAGCGGAGAAACAAAGAACGCUCGAAGACAAGGAUUACGACUUUGAUGAAAUUUUUGAUCCGUACAAAGGCGCUCAUCGACCGAGAAAAGUUAAACUUUAAAAUAUUGUUUUGCUUUUACUCGGGGAUACACAAGAUACAAUAUUGAAGAGGUUGUAUUGUAAUAAAAGGGAAAAUUUAUCAUAGCAGAGCAUGUUAUCGUGAUGUUCCUAUUCAUUAGACAUUUUCCGGAAUAAAACGAAUUUCGAAUUAUGAAAAUUCACCUGUUUAGCUAAAACGAGCGUAAAAGUGGCCAGUUGUAUAAAAGACCAGUUGACUUUUCGUGGCAGAAUGGACCAAUCAGUCGUGUAUUUUUGAGUGAACCGUAUACGAUUUAACUACACAAAAUGUAGUUUAUAUAACCAGCCCCAGGUUAUCCAAAAUGGCGGGAAAAGACUGGGAUUAGUUGAUCAAUUUGCAUUCCGCGUGAAAAAGCGUUACAGCGUAAAAUAUCUUUUCAGGAAAUGCACUAUUAUAGCACUCGGUGCUUCCACUGGUGCUUCCAUUUACACCAAUUUCAACAUUACCAAACCUCCGUGAAUGUCUUGUAUGUUAUGCCCCAUCUGGCAUCUAUUUCGAGUCAAAAAUCAUAAAUCCAAUAUGAUAUUGACGUAUUGACUGAUAUACAUUAUAUUGGUGAUGUAAAGACACUUCAAG